AUGAGGACAAAAGGCCUUCUGCUCCAGCACCUGAAACGAGCCGCUCUGAAUCCUCUCCAGCACAGCUAUCUGCCCCGCUCAGCAGGAUCUCCUGGCCAAGCUCCCAGGCCUGCACCGCACGAAGAGUCUGUCAAAGCCCCUUACCCCAAACCCAGCACCUCUGACGCCCACUCCGAUAAGCCUGCAACCCUUGGAAGCGAUACAGAAGUAUCCGGAUCAGAGCGAGCGUCCGAGUCACCCAAGCAGCGCAGCGAGACCCAAAGGCCAUCGACACCCGGUACUCCUUGGAGGCAAGUACCCGCAGAGGCGGCAGCCCCGGCACAAGUCAGCGCCCCGGGGGCCAUCCCCACAGAAACGAAGGCAGAACACGCCAUUCCCCCUCAGCCGACCCCCAGUCUACCAGACACCAGCCCACCCCUCAAAGCUGAGCCAACACUGCAGUCGGUGGAAGAAACAAAACCUCCUGGAGCCAGUGUCGGUGGCUGGUACCGCCUCAGGAAGCGCUUGGUAGUGCAGCCAGAGGCACCCAGCUUUCCGGAGCCGGAACCGGCCAAGCAGGGGCAGGAGGAAGCAAGCCACGGGAGAGACAGCUCCCCAGCAAGCACCAGUCAAGACAGCCAGCUGGUUAAACCAAGGGCCACGAGGAUGUGGGAUGCAAUUUUAUACCAGAUGACAGUCAGGAAGAAGCAGCAAGCAGAAGAGAAAAGAGUGCAGAAGGAAGAAGGCUCCUCUUUCCCUCGCCGCUUACCCAUUCUCCUACACAAGCCACGCUUUGAUGCCCGGAAACUGAAGGAGCUGGCUGCCAAACCCAUGACAAAGAUCACCACCAUGUUUGAGGUGGGCCGGUACAGACCUAAAGUGACCGAAGAGCACACCAAGAGCUUUAGCAGAAUGGCAUCAGGAUGGUCGGUCAACUGA